AUGAUCGAGUUUCUUAUUUCACACGGUGCAAAUAUUAAUGAAACAAAUAACAAUGGAGAAACACUUCUUGAUUGUGCAAUUUCUAUUAAUAAUGCAGAAUUAAUCGAAUUUCUUCAUUCACAUAACUCAAAGAGUUAA